AUGAUCGUUUCAUGGAACGUGAGGGGGCUAAAUAAAGCGGGCAAGGUUAGAGAGAUCAGCUCUCGUCUUCAAAACCUUGACCCUGCAAUAACUGUAUUAAUUGAGACUAGAGUGAAAAAGGAAAAAGCUGUGGGAAUUAGAAAGAAAUUAAAGAUGCGUGGUAGUUACAUGGAUAAUUAUGCCCAACAUGAUAAUGGCCGAAUUUAG